CCGCCGCCAUGUUGUUGAGGCCGCUCUCCGUCUCUGUCUCCGCGUCGCUGCGGCUCCGGCGCCUCCUCUCCGUGUCCGUGGCCCGCGGGCCGCCCGCUGCCCGGGUGGCGGUGGUGCUGUCGGGCUGUGGGGUCUACGAUGGCACCGAAAUCCACGAGGCAUCAGCGAUCCUGGUGCACCUGAGUCGGCGGGGAGCGGACUACCAGGUCUACGCACCUGAUGUCUCGCAGAUGCACGUCAUUGACCACGUGAAGGGGGAGCCAACAGCGGAGAGCAGGAACGUGCUGGUGGAAUCGGCGAGGAUCGCCCGCGAUGUGCAGGAACUCGGCAAACUCCAGGCCCAGGACCACGACGCCGUCAUCUUCCCCGGGGGCUUCGGGGCCGCCAAGAACCUCUCCACCUUUGCCACACAAGGCCAGGACUGCCUGGUGAUACCGGAGGUGCAGCGAGUCCUCACCGAGUUCCACAAGGCGCAGAAACCCAUUGGGCUGUGCUGCAUCGCUCCAGUGCUGGCUGCCCGGGUGCUGGGGAAGGUGGAGGUGACGGUGGGUGACGAGGAGGAGGGGGGGGGGCGCUGGCCGUACGCUGGCACAGCCGCUGCCAUCACGGCCAUGGGGGCCAGGCACCGCAUCACCGACGUACACCAAGCCCACGUUGAUGCUGAGAACAAGAUCGUGACGACUGCGGCCUUCAUGUGUGAGACGAAGAUUCACCACGUGUACGACGGCAUCGGCGAGAUGGUGCAGCGGGUGCUGCAGCUGACGGCACCCUGAGCCCAGGCCAACGUCACCCUGUGUCUGUGUCUGUGUGUGUGUGUGUGAGAUAGUGUGAGUGUGAGUGUGAGUGUGUGUGUGAGUGUGUGUGAGUG